AUGGUGGUUCUGAGUUUUCAGGUUCUUCCUAACCUAACAACUCCACCACAACAUACUCAAAGAACACAUGGGUCCACCAUUCGGUGUGGAAUAGCUGAACCAUCGGGUAAACCUGCUCCCUUGGGACAAAAAACUCGUUACAACGAUAGCUUUUUCGAGAAGGCUUUUAUCACUCUGUUCGCUAGAAAAAUGGAACCAUUUGCAGAUCCUGUAAUAGGGAAAGAUAAAGAGAAUAAGAAGAAGGGUUUGUUGGAUUUUUGGGGUUAUGAUUAUGAGAGUUUUGUUGAUGUUUCUAAGAGAGUAAUGUUGCGGAGGUCGCGUUUGCAGCAACAGGAAGUUGUUCGUGAAGUUCUUCUGUCUAUGCUUCCUCCAGGUGCGCCUGCUCAGUUUAGGAAAUUGUUUCCACCAACAAGAUGGGCUGCGGAGUUUAAUGCUGCAUUGACAGUGCCUUUCUUUCACUGGCUAGUUGGCCCCUCUGAGGUUAUAGAAGUGGAGAUAAAUGGGGUGAAGCAAAAGAGUGGUGUCCGAAUAAAGAAAUGCAGGUACCUGGAGAACACUGGUUGUGUUGGAAUGUGUGUCAAUAUGUGCAAGAUUCCCACACAAGAUUUUUUCACUAAUGAAUUUGGGCUUCCAUUAACAAUGAUUCCAAAUUUUGAAGACAUGAGUUGUGAUAUGGUGUAUGGCCAAACUCCACCUUCAUUUGAAGAUGACCCAGUCUCCAAGCAACCUUGUUUUGCUGAUAUAUGCUCUGUAGCAAAUCCAAACUCUAGUGUAUGUCCAAAGUUACUGGGAUGA